ACAAUCGGCAAGUUUCUAGACAAGUGUAGAACAACGUGAUUAAGAGUAGAAGCUCCUAGAAACUUUCCUCAUUCUUCUUCUAUUUUGCUCCAGAACUUUCCAAAAUUUCCACUAUAUAACCCUAACCCCCUUCACCCCCAAAUCCACUGCAAUUAGAAAUUACACCAAAAUCAACAAUUCCAAACACACAAUCACAAUAUCUGAAAAUUUCUCAAAAUUGAAAAUGGAUUUCAGGUUGCUGGGUAUCGAUAACACACCACUCUUCCACACUCUUCAGCAUAUGAUGGAAGCUGCCGGUGACGAUUCCGACAAGUCCUUCAAUGCCCCAUCAAGGAACUAUGUUCGUGACGCUAAGGCCAUGGCUGCGACGCCAGCGGAUGUGAAGGAGUAUCCUAAUUCUUAUGUUUUCGUUGUGGAUAUGCCAGGGUUGAAAUCUGGAGAUAUCAAAGUGCAGGUGGAAGAAGACAAUAUGCUGUUGAUUAGUGGAGAAAGGAAGAGGGAAGAAGAGAAAGAAGGUGCAAAGUAUAUUAGAAUGGAGAGAAGGGUUGGGAAAUUCAUGAGGAAGUUUACCCUGCCGGAGAAUGCGAAUACUGAUGCAAUUUCUGCUGUUUGUCAAGAUGGGGUUCUGACUGUGACUGUUCAGAAGUUGCCUCCUCCUGAGCCAAAGAAACCCAAAACUAUUGAGGUCAAAGUUGCUUGAAGUUAUGACUCUGUUUUGAUGGUAUGAUGUAGUACAAAUAAAGAUGGUAGAGAUAUAUGAGUACUCAUGUCUUAUCUUUUUUGCUAUGUUUUCAAGUUUUAAUCAAGUGUUAUGUAUGGUGAUGUGAGGUUCUAUGUAUUGUUUGUUUUGAUGUUUAAUGCAGUGCAAUGCUUCUAGAGUA